UCUCUCCUGCGACUGCGGAGGGACGGGAGUUGGUGCUCUGUCACGUUUUGUUGGAUCUACCAACAUCUUGCCAAGAUGAGACUCAUUUUUGUUCUUGCUGCGGUUGCGGCUCUGGUGACGGAAAAUCUAGCACUUCCAGUGCGAAAAGAAGAGCAGAGAGAAGAUGUGGUCAGGCGAUGUUUGGUUGAAGUCCUAUCCAAAGCUCUCUCCAAACUAGACUCUCAGCUGGAUCAGGAAUGCAAAGACAUUCUCCAAGCAGGGGUAAAACAUGCGCCACUGGACAAGAAAAGUGGGGAGGGGAUAGUAACUCAUCAAGAGGUGGUCAAAAGUCAUCCUGAGGAUACUGAGGAAAAAACUACGGACUUGAAAGACAUUGAGGCACUCCUGAAAUCUGUGGAGGAGAAGAGAGAAAACCCAGAAGACGAGCGCAGCCAAGAAUCCUGGGGUCUGGGUGAUGAGAAGGAGAAGAGGCACUACAACGAAGAGGAAGAAGAGCGAGAGAAGAGGAGCAGCUGGAGGCCUGGAAGAUACCACCAAAGGAAACACAAACGGGAUGAAGAAGAAGACAGCGAGCGCAGUCAGGAGAGUUGGGGAGUAGAAGAAAAGAGAUCAGAAGAAGAAGAAGAAGGUGAAGAUAGAGAGAAGAAGAACUGGAGGCCUGGAAGAUAUCACCAAAGAAAACACAAACGAGAUGAGGAACCUUUAAGAGAUGAAAGGGAGGAACCAGAGGAAGAACGUAGCCAAGAAUCCUGGGAUGUAGACAAGAGGCACGGGAAUGAGGAUGAAGAGAGAUACAAGCGCAUAUGGAAACCCACACAUCGCUACCACCACAAGAAAAAGCUCCACAAACGUGGUGAUGAGCCUACCUCCUCUGAUGAGGAGGAAGAUGAGGAUCGCAGCCAGGAAUCUUGGGGUCUUGACGAGAGAGACAAGAGGGACUGGAGACCAGGAAGGUACCACCAGAGGAGACAUAAGCGUGAUGAAGAGCUCUCAGAAGAAGCCAGGGAAGAGCCAGAUGAAGAACGUAGCCAGGAAUCUUGGGAUUUUGACUCCGGAAGAGAAAAGAGAGACUGGAGACCAGGAAGGUACCACCAGAGGAGACAUAAGCGUGAUGAAGAGCUCUCAGAAGAAGCCAGGGAAGAGCCAGAUGAAGAACGCAGCCAGGAAUCUUGGGAUUUUGACUCCGGAAGAGAAAAGAGAGAAUGGAGACCAGGAAGGUACCACCAGAGGAGACAUAAGCGUGAUGAAGAGCUCUCAGAAGAAGCCAGGGAAGAGCCAGAUGAAGAACGCAGCCAGGAAUCUUGGGAUUUUGACUCCGGAAGAGAAAAAAGAGACUGGAGACCAGGAAGGUACCACCAGAGGAGACAUAAGCGUGAUGAGGAGCUCUCAGAAGAAGCCAGAGAAGAGCCAGAUGAAGAACGCAGCCAGGAAUCUUGGGACUUUGACACUGGAAGAGAAAAGAGAGACUGGAGGCCCGGCAGGUACCACCAGAGGAGACACAAACGUGAUGAGGAACUCUCAGAGGAAAAGCAAGAAGAGGCAGACGGCGAACGCAGUCAGGAGUACUGGGGGUUUGACAAAAGACAUGCAAAAGACGAGGGAGAAAUAGAUAAGCGUAUAUGGAAACCAACACACCGAUACCACCAUAAAAAGAAAUUUCACAAGCGUGGCGGAGGCUCAUCAGAAGAAGAGGAAGAACAGAGGGGUGCUUCAGAGGAAUAUGAGGAGGCUACAAAUGACAGGGGCGAAGUUCUGAGGUAUCUGGCAGAGAAGCGCAAUCCCUGGAUUUACAGAGGCUACUACCAUCCUGCCUGGUUUAAAAGGGAUUCAGAUGAACAUACUGCAACCUCAAACAAGAUUGAUGAACUGGUUAAGUUGCUGAGCUAUAAGAUAAACCAGCUGGCCAACCAUUCUAAUAAAGAAGAGGAAAAGAGAAGCACGCGCCAGAGAGCAUUUGCCCCGCAGGAGGAGAAAGAGCUGGAAAACCUAGCAGCGAUGGACAUGGAGUUGCAGAAAAUUGCUGCCAAGUUGCAUGACAACAGUGUAUAAGCCAGAACGCACAUCAUUUCAAGACACCAUCAGCCGUCAUUGGAUUAAAGCUGCUGUUUUACCGUAUGUCUAAACUGAUGUUUUAUCAUAUGUCUGCCAAUUUAGUGUGCUUACAGUGUCACGAAAAGACAAAAAAAUAUGAUAGAAAAAAAAAUUCUGGAGCCUUGCUAAAAACAUUUGUAUCAACUUGCUCAUCAUUGUGUUUGUGAUAUGUUGAUGUUAUCAAAUUAAUCAGCAUGGGAAUGGUUUUGAUGUUUAUACAUAUAUAAACAUGUAAUCGUGUGCUGAAGAGUUUGUUCCAUCUGUACUCAAUAA